CUCUCUCACUCUACACACCAAACAAAAAAAACUUAACACAAAAAAAACAGAGCAUACUCUGUUUUCCCCUGUUUUUCUCUAACAAAAAAACAGAGCAUCCUCUGUUUUCACUCAGAUGACGAAAGAAGUCGAAGCGCCUGCUCCUCUGAUCGAUUUCGAGGAAUUGACCAAAUGGUCACUAUACAGAGCAGCAAUAGCGGAGUUUAUUGCUACUCUGUUAUUUCUAUAUAUAACUAUUCUUACAGUAAUUGGUUACAAACAUCAAGCUGAUGUUAAAGCCGGAGGCGAUAUUUGCGGUGGUGUUGGUUUACUUGGUAUUGCUUGGGCUUUUGGUGGCAUGAUCUUUGUUCUUGUUUACUGUACUGCUGGUAUUUCUGGUGGACACAUCAACCCUGCUGUGACAUUUGGGCUAUUUUUGGCAAGGAAGGUGUCAUUGAUUAGGGCUAUAUUGUACAUGGUAGCACAAUGUUUGGGUGCAAUUUGUGGUGUAGGUUUUGUUAAGGCUUUUCAAAGUGCAUACUACAAUAGAUAUGGUGGUGGUGUUAAUGUCAUGGCAGGAGGACACACCAAGGGUGUUGGUUUGGCUGCUGAAAUCAUUGGUACUUUUGUAUUGGUCUAUGUUGUCUUCUCCGCCACCGACCCUAAACGAAGCGCCAGAGACUCUCAUGUCCCUGUCUUGGCCCCACUCCCCAUUGGAUUUGCCGUAUUCAUGGUUCACCUUGCCACUAUUCCGAUCACCGGUACCGGAAUCAACCCGGCGAGGAGUUUCGGGGCAGCUGUGAUUUUCAACGGUGAUAAGGCGUGGGACGAACACUGGAUUUUCUGGGUCGGGCCAUUUAUCGGAGCUUUCAUCGCCGCUGUCUACCACCAGUACAUUCUCCGAGCCGGAGCAAUUAAAGCUCUUGGUUCAUUCAGAAGCAAUGCGUGAUAAAAGAUGGAAUAAUUUGAGAAAUUUGUAAAUAAAAAGUUUGUUAUGUCACAUCUAUCGUAAAAUGUAACGUGCAUCGAGCUUUAAAAAGUUUGUUAUUUCAAAUGGGGGAAAAAAAGGUGUGACUAUUCUAUCCUUUUGAUUUAUUUUUUUGUUUUGUUUGCUUUGGAUGUAUUUAAGUUAAAUCUAUUUGUAAUGUUUGGUUUUAUCUAGUUGUCCCUUUGUUAUCUUUUUUUGUAUUUCUCCUUGAUUUCAUGUACAUUAUAAUAAUAGUGUAUAUGUUGGGUUAAAUUUUUUUU